UCGAAAAGCGCAUUGCCCAGUCCAUCUCCGACUCUACCACAAAGUGGGAGGCGGCUUGUGUGGAGGUUCUCAGUGCAACACCAUCGCCGUCAAUGCUUUUGGCAACCUCCUCGCCGCCGCUGACGCCUGCGGUCAACAAGAUGCCGCUGACACCAUGAUCGAUCUCGCGAAGCAGCUUAACAGCGACGCUGACAUGAUCAAGUUUGCCCAGAUCUUUGCGCAGCAGCCUCGCAACACGCCGACCUCACAAGCCGUGCCUUACUGCCAGAGUGCGCCCAAGAACGCCGAGCUCGAUGGGCUGUUCCAGUGCCAGUUCCAGGGCGCGAACGAGAACACCUUUGUCGGGGGCCUCUCCGUCGGCUCCCCCGGCACCAUCCCCUUCGGUAUGACCAGCGCCGUCUCCCCCGCCGGCUCGUGCCCCGCGAACCCCAGCGGACCCAUCCCCGACGGCCAGCAGCUCUCCGACCUCGUCGACAGUCCUGGCACUGGCUCUACCAGCGGCUCAGGCUCAGGCUCGGCUUCCGCCUCCGCCGUCGCGUCAACCACCGCUGCUGCAUCGUCUGCUGGGGGCACUAGCGCUGUUGCGACCUCUGUGGCUGCUACGUCCGUCGCCGCGGUGGCGAGUUCUACCGGCUCGUGUGUGGUCGUCACAGCCACUGUGACCGCCUCUGAUUCGUCGCCGUCAUCGUUGCCGUCGUCGUCGGCAUCAUCAUCAUCGUCGCCGUCGUCGUCGUCCGGCUCCAGCUUCCUCCUCUCGAACGGUCAGAUGGCCCAGCAGCAGAACGCGCAGUUCGCCACGAUGACCGCGAACGACACCUGCGACGAGGGCACCGACGCGUGUGUCAGCGGCCAAUUCGCGCAGUGCGUCAGCGGCUCGUACGUCAUGCAGAGCUGUGGGGCGUCGCUCAGCUGCUUCGCGCUCCCGCUCGUCAACAAGGCCGGCACCUCCAUCACUUGCACGACCGAGUCCGACGCCGCGAGCCGCAUCGCGAACACGGGUGCCACCGGUGGCGUCAGCGGCGACGGCUCGUCUUCGUCCUCGUCCUCUGGUGCGGCGUCCUCUGCGGUCGCGUCGCCGUCGGCGGCGCCGACGGCGAACACGGAGAUCGCGAUGGCGGCGACCUCAUCCGCUGCUGCUGCGUCCUCGACAAGCAGCAGCUCCUCGGGCAGCGGCUUCCUGCUCUCGAACGGCCAGCAAGCGCAACAGCAGAACGCACAAUUCUCCUCGCUCAGCGCGAGCUCUGCCUGCGACGACGGCUCGGAGGCGUGCGUCGGCGGCCAGUUUGCGCAGUGCGUCGGCGGCUCGUACGUGACGCAGACCUGCGGAGCGUCACUCAGCUGCUUCGCGCUCCCCCUCGUGAACAAGGCGGGCACGAGCAUCACGUGCACGACGCAGGACGAUGCGGCGAGCCGUAUCGCCAACACGGGCGCGACGGGCGGCGUCACCGGCAACUGAGGCGAGCUCCUCAUUGCUUGCCGGCGAGGCGACGCCGACGGAGGGAACUGAGCCUUGACUUCCCCGUCCUCUUCUCUCAUCUCUGCUGGAAUG